AUGGCUGAUUAUCCUGCUGAGAUGAUAAGAAAUUUCUGUAUUAUAGCUCAUAUUGAUCAUGGCAAAAGUACUUUAGCAGAUCGACUGUUGGAAUUUACAGGUGUCCAUCUUUUUAAAUUAAAUUAAAUUUAUUUAAAUGCAUAAACAUAUUGCUUAUAUGAGUCGGGGCACUUGAUACAUACCGACAUACCGAAGUAUAGAGCUAAUAAAGAUAAAGAUAAAAUGAACCUGGUUUGCCUCAUAAGAUAGAAAAAAUGAAAUAAAAAUGAAUAAAUCUUAUGAAGUAAACCAGGUUUAUUUUGUAUAUCUUUAUAUAUAUAUAUAUAUAUAUAUAUAUAUAUAUAUAUAUAUAUAUAUAUAUAUAUAUAUUAAUAAAGAUAAAGAUAAAAUGAACCUGGUUUGCCUCAUAAGAUAGAAAAAAUGAAAUAAAAAUGAAUAAAUCUUAUGAAGUAAACCAGGUUUAUUUUGUUUAUAUAUAUAUAUAUAUAUAUAUAUAUAUAUAUAUAUAUAUAUAUAUAUAUAGCUUAAGUUUUUGGUUUUUAAUACGAAACACAAACAGUGCUCAAUAUAUAUCUAUAAUAUAUAUUUCAAAAACUCAUUAAUAAUUCAUGAAGCAAUUAUCCAAUCUUGACUAAGAAAUUAGUCACGUGCAUACGUCUUUAUACCAGCUAAAGAACACUUUAACAAAAUAUAUGCACUUUUAUAUAAAGAUUUUUAUAUAGGGAUUUUUAUAUAGAGAUUUUUAUAUAAAGAUUUGACUUAUUAUGCAAACGUUUUUGAAGCCAUUUAAAAAACUCGCAGGUCGUGUUUUAUUAGGUCUAAAGCCUUUAGACUUUUAGGCUUUAAACCUAAUAAAACACUCCUGCUCGUUUUUUAAAUAGUACAUAUAAUUCCGCUAACCUCAAAAUUCCGCAACAGUUUCAUACCGCCUGAGGAUUCUUUACAUGCAGAUGAAACAGACUGUUGCGGAAUUUGAGGUUAGCGAAAUUCUAUAUCUGCUCUGUCUUUAUGGUAUUGAGCACUCUUUGCGUUUCGUAUAUAUAAACCUGCUCGUAUAUAUAUAUAUAUAUCGCAUCUCACGGGGCUGGUAUUCCAGGGACAACGUCUCCGUCAGGGAUGGAUCUACUUUCAAAAGCAUCGAGAUAAAAGUCCAUCUCCCUCAGCAAGAAUCUGUUCUACAUUGGAUGCGGUCCAGUGUUCCAAAGUGUGAGCAAAUAAUAAAGUAAAGGGUUACUGACCGAGCGUGAGGUCUGUACUGUGAAAUAUCAGACCGAAGUUUUUUUAGUAUGGACCGAGCGAUGAAGGAGCGAGGUGCAUGCAAAAAACAGAGGUCUGAUAUUUCGCAGUACAGACCGAACAAGCGAGGUCAAUAUAUAAUCGGUUUAUUAUAUGGCUGAACUGAGUCUGUGAGCAUAAUGCUUUGCGCGCGAAUUAAAUCGGCUAUUGUCAGUUUAACUGGGUAACAAUAUUGGAUCUAACGAAUGCUUCAAGCAACAAAUAAGUUUAAAUUCGACAUGAUUUCAAUAAAAAAACGUACCUAGUUAUUGCAUUCAACAAUUUUUCGUCAGCACAUGCUUUGGCUGAGACAAGCAACAUGCGCAUGCAUAAGUGCGAAUAUGAGCGCAUUAAUUCACAUAUGACUAAUGAUGAAACCACAGCACAUAUACAUACGCGUGCUCAAAAUCAUCCUGACAAACAAAAAUCACACAAAUCUCGAUGCAUGACAGAAAUAGGGGACUGCUCUCUAAAGCUCGCAGCAAAACACAGCGAGUGGAACCAAAUUGGGUUACCGCAAAAUCAGCUUUGCGGUAGCCUGGGUUUACCAAAACAAAAACUUGUCAGAGGAACAUUUUUAUAUGUCUAAGUGAAUUGUAAAGUAACCCAAUUCGAUCACAGAACGCGUAAAGAAAAUUUAUAUAAUUAACUGUUAACACAUUUAUUAAUUAUAGAAUUAAUAAAUUACGGACUUACAUUACUUUAGGGAAACCAAAUUAGAUUAUCGCAAAACAAAGUUUGCGGUAACGCGGCGGUGAACCAUGAGCUAUGGUUACCGCAAUUUUGGACAGCCUGUAAUACAACGUACAGUUUGUUCAUGUAAUAGAGACCUUACAAUUAUAGAACGGCAAUGCGGCGACGACGGCCAAAACAAACUCCUUCAAAUAAAUGGCGGUAAAGAUAAUUCGUCGUAUAUUAUCAAUCGUAUGAAUUUAAUGCAGUCUUAGAAGUUGAAGACAUUUAUGGUUGGGCCUGGGGAGAGUUCUGCUGAACCCAUGCAGUUUGAAGUUGCACUUAUUGCGGCUUGAAAUGCAGCCGUUGCAUCAAGACGUGAAAAUCUAUGAUUUGGCGAAAUAGAGCGAAAGACAACAUCUAAAUUAUUCAUAUAUUGUAAUUAUUCAAUUCUUUUCAAUCAUUUAUUGUAUUGGUGGCCGUUGCCGUCGCGUUGCCGUCCUAAAUCGUAAGGUCUCUAAUCAUGCACAUGCAACGCCAAGAGAUAUUUCGAUGGCGCUAUCAUGCAUGGUUUCGCCAAUGUGUCUUACCGAAGCGGGAGAUCAGGUGGGAUAAAACCAGUCAUACGAACAGGCCCUAACCAGUGGAUGCACUGAUGCAUAACAAUUACUAAGGGAAAAGUCUUUCAAGCUUGUGUAAUGCUAUGAACUGAUAAAAGGCAGGUUUAUCAAAGAGUACAACGAAAAAUUCGUUGUUUUGAGCGGGAUUCGAACUUGCAUCUUCAGACAUAUAAAAAAAACUAGAUUCAUAUUAUUCUGACUGGGCAGAGUACAACGAAAAAUUCGGGAUUCCGGUCCAGAAACCCAAAGAUGCGAGUUCGAAACCCGCUCGAGACAACGCAUUUUUGUUGUACUCUGUAUUGUCAGAAUAAUAUGAGACUAGUUGAACAGUAUAUGUCAGACUUGUCAUAUGUAUGUGUUUAUUAAACCUAUUGAUUUCUAUUUAGGAACAAUUUUAAGAAGUGUUGAAAAUAAGCAAGUUUUGGAUAAGCUUCAAGUUGAAAGAGAACGAGGAAUAACCGUGAAGGCCCAGGUUGGUUUUCUUUUAUAACUACAGAAAAUAUUUUCUAACUUGUGUACUUUUAAUGCAUGGCGGUAUACCACUGUUAGUGGAUGAAUGUGCACCACUCAGAGGCAGAAAUUGUUGUAAGAUUGGGGGAGGGGGUCUCUCAGCUUGUCGAAAAUGUAAAUAACAUUACUUUUGUCACACUUUUUUCACCACCUCAAAAAGCGAAUUUCAGCCACUGUCCUUAAUUCCAAUUGUUGACAUCUUUAUGAUGUUUAGUCAAAAUGUUAGCUAGUCAAUGUUCUAGUCAACAUUAAUGCUUUGCGAUUUUUCUAGACUGCAUCACUAUUUCAUAAAUUCAAGAACAAUACGUAUCUUUUAAAUCUGGUCGAUACACCUGUAAGUAUGUUCUGUAUUCUCUUAAGUGACUAAACAUGUAACACUAUAUAACAUUCUCAGUCCCUGAGGAAGACAGCAUGUUUCGUGACAGUAUGUUUUGUGGACCCUAGAUCGCCAAUGAUUGAAACAUUGGCAGUAGAGGGUCCGCAAAACAUAUUGUUUCCCGUGUGUCCCAGUCAAUAAGUAUUUUAUUAUACGGGGUGUAUAAAAAAAAACCUGAGCAGAUAUGAAUUUGCUCUCAAUUUUGCUAAACAGCUAUUAGUAUCCAGUUUUUUAGAUGUAUAUAGCUUCUUUGGGUACUUAUAAUGUAGAAUAUUAUUAUAAAUGAAAAAAAUUUUUCGAACUCAAAUUUUGUGAACCAGGGGGUGUGUCUUUUCCGACAAACUAAAAAUGGCUUGCGCACGAAAUUUAAAAGCUUUAAUCAUAUUUUGAGUUAAUAGAUGGAAAAUUUGUUGGGUUUUUAAUUACUGUACAAAAUGUCAGACAAUUUGCUUUAGUUUAAGCCCUUUAACUAUUCAUUUUUUCCUAAAAAAUCAGAAGUGCAUGCUUAAUUAAUGCCUUUACUUAAUUUGCAUAUUGCUGACAUAUGCAAAUUAGGCAAAGGCAUUAAUUAAGCAUGCAAAUAGCUGAUUUUUAGGAAAAUAAUGUAAGUUUGCGCGAAUAUAUUGUUAAAGGGCUUAAACUAAAGCAAAUUGUCUGAAAUUUUGUACAGCAAUUACAAACCCAACAAAUUUUUCAUCUAUUAACUCACAAUAUUUUAAAUUUCGUGCGCAAGCCAUUUUAGUCUGUUGGAAAAGACACUCCCCCCUUGAGUUCGAGAAAUUGUUUUCAUUAUCCUACAUUAUAAGUACCCAAGGAAGCUAUAUACAUCAAAAACUGGAUACUAAUAGCUGUUUUUCGAAAUUGAGAGCAAUUUCAAAUCUGUUCAGUUUUUUUUUAUACACCCUGUGCAGUGCAGUGCAGUGCAGUGCAGUGCAGUGCUCAUUAUCCUACAUUAUAAGUACCCAAGGAAGCUAUAUACAUCAAAAACUGGAUACUAAUAGCUGUUUUUCGAAAUUGAGAGCAAUUUCAAAUCUGUUCAGUUUUUUUUUAUACACCCUGUGCAUUGUGCAGUGCAGUGCAGUGCAGUGCAGUGCAGUGCAGUGCAGUGCAGUGCACAAAGCAUAUCAUUUAAAAUUACAGACAACGUUACAAUGUCAAAUACAUUUUAUGUUUAUUUGUAAUAAAAUGAAUGUAACAUGGCAAUUUUGGAAAGCCACAAGAGGAAAACUAACGUUUCCAAAAUAGUUACUUUGUGUCGACUGCAAAAUUGACGAUUCUGGCAAUGAAUGUGGUGGAAGAGAAGAGUCGCUUCAUCGAUUCAUAAUGACUGCAUGUCAAUUCUAGUUCCAUAUUAUCCGGAUUCACAACUUCAUUUUGAAGGUCUCGGGGAAGAAUCUGCAGAAGGUAAUCCACAGGCUGAGGCAAUUACACCAGAAAUUUCUCUUCCCUUGUUUUGGGGAAGUCGUCGUGCCAGGGACUUUCCUUAUGUCUAG